UUGGAAACGCGUGCAUGCAGAGCUUGUUGUUAUUAAUUAAUCUAUUAAUUAUUGCUAAUCAAUCAUCAGAAGAGCUUGUGCGAAGUCGUGUUUAUGCGCAUGAUCGGGGUUCGACGGCUAUUGGAUGCAGCAUUGUCAUAAGCCGAGGCAGCAGCAGCAGCACCCCCACGAUCCCAGUUUUGGCGCUUUCCCCCCCCCAACGCCGAAAUGGGUAUCUUUGGCGCCAUCGGUCGGCAGUUCGCCGCGUGGAGUCCAAGAUGGGCGCUGUUCCUCCUCCUACUGUUGUUCUCUUUGCAGCGCCCUGCACUGGCUGCAGAGGAAGAUGAUUGUGAGAAAUUAGGGUUUACGGGCCUCGGUCUGUGUCGGGAUUGCAACACAUUCGCUGAAUUUGUUAAGUACGCCAAGGCGACUCUGGAGGUCUGUCCUGGGAGGGUUAACUUUGAACCGCAUCUUCAAGCGUUCAUCGGGUCGAAGGCACAGAACUACAAGCAACUGACAGUCAAGUAUCGCAUCAACUCAGCACCGAAGAUUGUCCUGAAAGAUGAGUCUGGCAAUGCGAAGGAAACCAUGAGACCGGAAGAUUGAGCAUCAUCCCAGUUCACAGACAAAAACUCUGUGUCAGUAGCGCGUUGUCUUUUCUAACCCUGUCGAUGGCUGUUUUUUUAUGUACGUCUUUCUCAAGA